AUGGACCCUAUUCCUGAAAAAAUAGAAAUGGUACGCCCGUUCAUUAAAGGCAUAGAGAGAAAUUCAGUGUUAAUUGAUGUCACUGACGUGAAGGACACACAAUUAUUGAGACAAUCUCUCCAAGACUUUAACCUUGAUGCAGAGAAAGGAAAAGCAUCCUACAUUGGUAGACUUGCCAGCGUACAAAAAUAUCUCAAACGAUCAUUUAUGGAAACAAUGUGGACCUUAGGCAGCCAAGGACACCACACCAUUCUCAACGAAGGAAUCACCCUAUCAGAUGGGUCAUUCAUCAAAGGAUCCCGAUCACUUCCAGCCGAAUCCCGUAUAGUUAAAGUCAUAUUGGAAAGACUUCCUUUUCUUCAACCAGAAGACCUGAUGAUAAAUAUGGACAAACGAUUAAGCAUUUUUUGGGGAAUAUUGUGGAACGACUAUGACCAGGAAGAAAUACUGGUAUAUCUCCAGUAUGAUAAUAUGCCGGACUUUUGCAGAUUAUGCCAAGCCUCUGAUCAUUGCCGUGCUGAUUGCAAAGAAGCAAAAAGAUUCUUGAAAUGUUAUAACUGCAACCAGCAUGGACACAUCAUGCGUAACUGCCCUCGAAACAACGUCUUGGAAGAAAACAACAACAACAAAUUCCGUGCAGUUACAGUGAAAAAGGAAAGGAGAAAACCAAAAGCGAAAGCAGAUAACGACACUGCUUUGGAUACUCCAAUCCCAGUAAUCUCGACUGCUACGAAUGUGCAACUGGAGCCUGAACAAAAAACCCAGAUCAGCCAAUGCAAGAUGCAGAGUCACCGGUAGUGGCCACGUACCAAGCGACUGUAGUAGAAAAAAGUUCAGAUAACCUACAACAAACGAUUGAUUGAACAAAAUCACCUUUGGAACAGCAAGCAUCAGCUACGAAAAAACAAGGGGAUAGUACUAACCACCAGGAGGAAAGAGAUUCACCACCCGUAGCGAAGAAAAUCCAGAAAAUAUUAACCAAGUCCGAUAUCACCAGUCAUCGAAAUACCCUUAAAGAGGGAAAUAUUGUUCAUAAUAACCCUGCCAGCCCAGCCAUCAUAUAUGGUUCCUUGCAGCAGCAACAACAACAACAACCUUCUAAGUAAUUAUUAUGUCGACCCAACAUAAUUAUAUCAACAUCACGACUCUCAAUUGUCGCGGUCUCAAAAAAACAAAUAACCC